CUGUGUGUAUCGGAGGAUUUUUUUUCAGCCUGGGAUGCUCCUGCUGCCUUUGACGUCAUGUGGCAGAGGAGGUUCAGGGCUCGGUUAGACUGGAGAUGGCGGCUCGCUUCUGAUCAGCCUAAAGGUGCACCCCUGGAGAGCAGCAGAAGCGGCGAGCCGAGAGGUGCAAUGCUGCUAGCGCAGCGGCGGUGAACUAGCGGCUCCUCCUCAUUCCCAUUCUCAGCGUGUUAGCAGGCUCACUCUCUGCAGGUACAUACACACACACACACACACACACAGAGCCGGACCUGGGAACACACAGCCACGGCCAUGGCUGCUGAAGGCGAGCUGCUGCAGAUGCAGAACAUGGAGCAUUACAAAGCUGAGAUCGACAGGCUGGCCAAGGAGCUAACGGAGACGACCCACGAGAAAAUCCAGGCUGCAGAGUAUGGGCUGGUGGUUCUGGAGGAGAAACAGUCGCUGAAGCAGCAAUACGACGAGCUGGAGAGCGCCUACGAGACGGUCAAACAUGAGCUGGAACAACUGAAGGAGGCAUUCGGUCAGGCGUAUUCAAACCAUCGUAAAGUUGCAGAAGACGGUGAGACCCGUGAAGAGACCCUCCUGCAAGAAUCUGCAUCAAAGGAGGCCUAUUACCUCAGUAAGAUUCUGGAGCUGCAGACAGAGCUGAAACAAGCUAGGACGGUUGUGGUCAAUGUCCAGUCUGAAAAUGAACGACUCACUGCUCUUUCUUCGGACCUCAAAGAGAAUAAUGAAAUGUUGGAGCUGCAAAGAAUACGGAUGAAAGAUGAGAUCCGAGAGUACAAGUUUCGUGAGACGAGGCUUCUGCAGGAUUACACUGAGCUGGAAGAGGAGAACAUUACUCUGCAAAAACUUGUCUCAACCCUCAAGCAAAAUCAGGUAGAAUAUGAAGGCCUCAAACAUGAAAUUAAACGCCUGGAAGAGGAGACAGUGUUGCUGAACAGUCAGUUGGAAGAUGCUAUCCGGUUAAAGGAGAUUGCUGAACAUCAGUUGGAGGAAGCUUUGGAAACUUUAAAGAAUGAGCGUGAACAGAAGAAUAAUUUGCGCAAAGAGCUCUCACAGUACAUCAACAUGAGUGACAGCAUGUACAACAAUCACAUAAACAUCGCAGUCGAUGGGCUGAAAUUCUCAGAAGAUGGCAGUGAGCCAAAUAACGAUGAAAAAGUGAACGGACACAUUCAUGGAUCUUUGGUAAAACUUAAUGGUGAUUACCGCGCACCAAGUACUAGAAAAACUGACAGCCCAGCUCUAGUCUCAGAUCUGUUCAGUGAGCUCAACAUUUCAGAAAUGCAGAAACUUAAGCAACAGCUUAUACAGGUAGAGCGGGAAAAGGCCAUCCUCUUGGUCAAUCUUCAAGAAUCACAGACACAACUGGAACAUACUAAGGGAGCACUAACUGAGCAACAUGAACGAGUUCAUAGUUUGACAGAACAUGUCAAUGCAAUGAGGAGGCUUCAGGUCAACAAGGAGUUAAAGACCAAUCUGGAAAAUGAGAAAGGACGAGAGUCUGGAGAAGAAACACAUGAUUAUGAGGUGGACAUAAAUGGAUUAGAGAUUCUUGAAUGUAAAUAUAAAGUAGCAAUCACAGAAGUAAUCGAUCUCAAAGCCGAACUCAAAAGCUUGAAAGAAAAAUACAACAAAUGUGUGGAGACCUACACAGAGGAAAAAACAAAAUAUGAAAACCGUGUGCAAGAGCUGGAUCAGCAAGUGAGCUGUCUGGAGAAAAUGAACAAAGAAUAUAAUGAAAAAAUAACACAUUUUGAAACAGAAAUCAAAACACUGACAGACAUGGCAAAUGAUGGGCAUAACACUCUCAACACAGCCCAGGAUGAAUUAGUAACUUUUAGUGAGGAACUUGCACAGCUCUAUCACCAUGUUUGCUUGUGUAAUAAUGAAACCCCUAACAGGGUCAUGCUGGACUAUUACAGGCAAAGCAGGGUCACCCGCAGUGGAAGUCUGAAAGGACCGGAUGACCCAAGAGGUAUUUUGUCUCCGCGACUUGCCCGAAGAGGCAUGGCCUCACCCGUUGACUCGAGAAGCUCACCAGACCAUUCCCCAAAAGACAAAACAGAGGUUGGUAAAGAAAACGCACAACAGAGCCUGACAAAAAUGGUCAACACCACAGUCUCGCCUGUAAUAACUGCUCCACCUUCUUCCCCUGUCUCUGACACGAGUGACAUCAGAAAGGAGCCGAUGAACAUCUACAACCUGAACGCUAUCAUAAGGGACCAGAUCAAACAUCUGCAGAAGGCAGUUGACCGAUCUCUGCAAUUGUCACGUCAAAGGGCAGCUGCGCGGGAGUUGGCGCCAAUGAUUGAUAAGGACAAAGAGGUUCUGAUGGAAGAGAUCCUGAAACUGAAAUCCCUGCUCAGUACAAAACGUGAGCAGAUAGCAACUUUACGCACAGUUCUGAAGGCCAAUAAGCAGACAGCAGAAAUUGCCCUGGCAAAUCUAAAGAGUAAAUAUGAAAAUGAGAAAACUAUGGUGACUGAGACAAUGAUGAAACUGCGAAACGAACUCAAGGCCCUGAAGGAGGAUGCAGCGACCUUCUCGUCCUUACGUGCCAUGUUUGCCACCAGGUGUGAUGAGUAUGUGACACAGCUGGAUGACAUGCAGCGGCAGCUGGCAGCGGCCGAGGAUGAGAAGAAGACGCUGAACUCCCUGCUGCGUAUGGCCAUUCAGCAGAAGCUAGCCCUUACGCAGCGGCUCGAGGACCUGGAGUUCGACCAUGAGCAGUCUCGGCGGAGCAAAAGCAGGCCAGGGAAGAGUAAAGCUGGCAGUCCUAAAUUUUUUAUAGAUUGUCAGCAGUCUGCUGCCUCCAUAUCGCCACACUACUCACAACUAGAGAGAGGAUGUGACUCAGAGACUGAAAGUCCUAAUAUAGCUCUCCAGGAAGAGCACUCACAUUCCAGAUCAAAAUGUGUUCCUCUCAGAUGUCUUUCUAAGCCUCCUCCCCAUUCCUAGUCAUGCCACAGGAUGUCACCCACUGGAGAAUGAAUCAGGAUACCUCUGGUACUAAUGCACAACUGGGAACGCCCUGAGUUUUUGACUCUGUUGCUUCAUUGCUGAGCCCGAUUCCUCUGGAUGGUGGGAGCAAAGGAGAUAAUGUUGAGAAACAGGACACAUGAAGCACAGAGAAUUACCUGUUUGGAAGACUUUUGCUGUUUAUUUUCCCCUUUCACUGUCUAUUUUCCCCUUUCACUGUCUACUGCUUUGGAGUAUGAAAACUAACCAACUUCUGUGAAGCAGGAUAGCUUACAGUUGCUUCGUUUUGCCCCUGAAACAUAAGUGGGAGUGUGAGAAAAGGCGACAGAAAAGUGGACUAAUGGAAUUAAUCUACAUCUGAUCAACAUCAGUCAUUUAGCAUCCGUGAUCAGUCACAGCAAUUGAUUUUUGAUGUGUGUUUCAGCAAUUUUGGUAGCAUGAGGUGAUGUGUUUAUUUUUAAAGACCAAACCAAUGUUUCAAUAUAUGGUGCACUUAUAUGUUUGAUUUUUAUUUAAUUUAUUGGAUGAUCUUUCUUAGGACAAUAAUUUAUUAUUUGAAGAUGUUAUGAUUGUUUAAAAAGAAAAAAAAUGGAUUUUGGCGUAAUUAGCAUUCUUAGGCUACAGUCUUACUAUGGCCAGAAUGUGCCACUGUAAUCGUACAGUGGUGAUGCUGACAAUUGUGAACUGACUGUCAAUCACUCUUAACUGUUUGCAGUCCUGCUAGAGGUGUGUGUUUGCAUUUUUAUUUGUUAAUGUGUUCCUGCAUUUAACUUGUUAAUGGAUGCCAUUUUGAUUUGUACCUUUUUCAUAAAAUAGAGUAAUAGAGUAUUUAAUGUUGGGGGCCGGUGCUAAAUGGAACUGAAAAUUGCUUGAUAUGCCACAUUUUUUAAGACCAUUACUAUUAUUGUUAAUAUUGUAAGACCUUUUAGCUUCUGGGUCACAGUAUCAUUAAAUUGGUGCUUCUGUUGUGCAAAAAUCAAGACAGUAUAAUUUCCAUAAUAUUUACAGAAUACUGAUCUGCAAGGAUGACAAUGAUUAAAUAGGCUACAAGCAGUUUUCUAAAUCAAAUGCAAGGGCUUGGAACAUCUACCUUUGAGUAUGGAGUCUUGAUUGUGAUGAUACAUUUUACACCUUGGUGAACCUAUCCAAGGGUCCCUAUGAUAUAUCAGUCUUAAUUUUCUGAGUAGUUUACUAAAUCAUUUGGUAUAUGAAGUCAAUGCUUCAGAAAAAUUAAAGCCAAUCCUUGAACUGAAUGGAAACUAGCCAUGGAACGAAAGUGUGGUGGGUCUCUUCCCAUGCUACACAGGCAGAGUAGACUGGAACAGCAUUAAUAAGAUACUGUAGGGAUGUCAAUAUGAAUCAGAGAACAAAUGUUAGGGGCAUUUAUGGUAAGGUAUAUACAGAAAAAUAAUGACGGGAACACAUGGAUUUAUGUUCACUUUAUCUGCAAUUCUCGUCAUAUCAAUUUUCUUCAGUUUAGUGGAAGAAACCAAAUGUUUCCAUUGUCAGAGGUUUUGACUUUCUUGUUAUUGCAAAGAUGAUAACAAAAUCUGUCGACUACUUUGCUGCCAGUCUUGUGUCUGAUAGUGUUCAUUAUUUGCAUGCUUCAUGCCCAGUUGCACUGCAGUAUUUUAAUUAAUUGAUAUUUUAUGUCUCUAUUAAUUGGCACAAUUUUGUUCUUCCCUAAUUCUAUCAACAAAAUUCUGAGAACAUAAUGUGUCCAAUUAGAGAAGUCACUGUGUAUAGCACAUACACUAUACAAAAGAUCCUAUGUGCUGCGUAACCUUAUGUUUGACAUGAAAGAGACUUCAUUCCAUCAGUUUGUUUUGAUGAAAGACUGUUCUGAGCUCAGCCAUCAUAAGGCAAUGGAAUACAUAUUACCCAACUGUUUGAAGAAUAACAGUAAAACAGAGGGUUAUGUACUGUAUCAAAGUGCUUAUAUUAUUCAGUAUUAACUUACUGCGCUGACAAUUUAACAUGAGUUUUCUGGUAAUACUUUUUCGAGAAAGUAUUGAUAGCUUUUUAUAACAUAAACUGUAACAUAUUGCUUUCUGUGACUAAAGCAACAAGCAGCAAACCUGUGAAGAAAAUAAUGUUUUUUAACUAUAUCAAAGCUGUCAAGAACUAAGGUAAGAAAACUGCUUUGAUCGUUUGUGGUGUCCAGUUGGAAUGUUGGUUUCCAUCAGCUCUCCACUUUUGGGUCAAAAUCCUGGAAAUGCUUCCCCAUCAGCACUGUGGGUGUACCUACACCACGUGAAAGCAACCUUCUUGAGGGUAUUUGGGCUGGGCACAGCUAUUAGCCUUGCCAGUGACACUCACAAAAAAAAAACCUACUAUUCAUUGUCCUUAGGCACAAAGAUAAAGUGUCGUCAUUCUGUCAUGGCCAUGUUUUUAAACAAGUUUUGACUGAAAUGGUUAUGUAGUUAAAGUAAGAUCAAUUUAGAAUUGCUUGAGUUGAACAGAGUUGGGAAUAAAUUGCUGACUGUUUUAUUGGUCUGAGAAUAGAAAAUGUCUAUUCUCUUCAGAGUCAUAAUUUUAACAAGAACACAAACUCUGUUACCUUCAGUUUUUCAAGUUUUGCCUUUUUUAAAAAAAUAGUAAUUUCUGCUGACAGAGUGCAGCUACUUGUAUCAUACAGUAAAAUACAAUGCAAAAUUGAUAUGAAGAUUGUCAUUUCAGUUCUGCUUUCUUUGCCCCCAAACUGUAGUAUGUUACUAUUAUACUUGAUAACAAUUUUAAGUACCAUUGGGGAUAUGUUGCAGUUUCUUUCCUAGUUAGUGGAUGAAAGAAAAUAUGAAAAUAUCUCUAUUGUCAAUGUCUUUCAGUCAAAGUUAAAACAUUGUGGUAAGGAUGUCCUCAAUUGGACUGGGCAACCAUUGAUUGAAUUUGACCAAAAUUCAAAAUCUAAACACAGUAAGUCACAUUACUGUUAUGUGUAAAGAGCAAACUGUUGUAACUGAAGUUAAAACUGUUUGCAAUGUCUAUUUUUAUAUUUAAGUUUCAUUAAAAUAUAUAUUUUCAAUGAUGUCCAGCCAGAAUGUUAAAUAUGUAUUAUAUUGGCUUAGAAACUGGACACCACAAAGUAUCAAAUAGGUUUAAAGAGUCAAUCUGGCAAUGUUAAAAAUAAUUCGUGCAAUAUUAAUGUUCUGUCACUUGAUGUCACCAGCACGUUAGAGAAAACUUUAAGGUACAUAUUCCUGUCUGGUAACAUUAGUCACAGAGGAAAAUGUAUUUUCUUUGUCGUACAUAAAAAGCACAUGAAAAGGCAUUAAAGGCAAAACAUCAUUACUGCACCAGUUUCUUUUCACUUUGACUGAAUCCAACAUAUAUUUGAAACACUCAGUCUGAAAUCUGAGGAAUGAAUAGCUUCAAAAUCUUAGAGAUAACAAUGGACAUUCAAAUAUUCUUCCUAAAUGUUCAUGGUGCAAUUAAAUUUUAGGAAUUAUUGGGAUCUUCAAAUUAAAUAAAUGUGAGUUUUAAUUAUAUUCUGAUGCAAAACUAAUUUGGAAUCUAUAUUUUGUUAUUCAUCCGCAUCAUUUUAUAUCCCAUUCUGAUUUGAGCAGUGAGCUCAAGAGCUCUUAUUGCAAGUGGAUACUUAGUGAGAGUGGAUUAAAAACACUAUACACAUUUAGCUUCUUUAUUCCCCUCCCCACCCAUUUCUUAUCUCGCAGAACAGCUUGAGUUUAAAAUAUCAAUGCUGUUGACAUUAUAACCUUUAUAAUACCAGUUCUCAGGGUUGGCAAGGUCAUACACACAAAGCACAUAUAUUUAUUCUUUUUCCACUGGACAAAGUGAUCAUGUUCUGGAACAAAGAAAAUCAACUACUCGAGAACUAUUAUCUCAGCAUUCUUACUACAUUUUAAAUGUGUUCUUUAAUGGGAACUCUCAUCUAGUCCUGAUUUAGAACAUUAUGCUGUUUGGGCUAUUUUAGUUUGUUUACCUUGAAACUUUAUGCUCUUGUCUCAACAAGUACACACAAUGUUCUUCCGAAUCCCAAGACUAAAACUAAGCCUUGUCUAACUCUUUCUCAUGUGGUUAUUUAGAAACAAACUCUCUGUUCUCUUUCAGUAGGAAGUUUGUGUAGACAAGCCGCCUUUCUCCUACAUAAAGACAUGAUAUUAAUACUAUGGUUUUCUGGAUAGUUGUGCCCUUAUUUACUGUUGCUUUAGGAAUAUCUGUCAAGUCCCAGUGUAUAAAACACAGCCAGUAGAUUAUAUAAUGUAUACAUUGCAGCCUUAUGAAAAUAACAAUGUCACACAUCAAAACUGGUGGUUUAAAAUAAUUUCAUCCUAAAUUUAGGUUUGUUGACAAUUUAUUGACUAUGGAGUAUACAACCAUGUUUGAAUUUGUACAAUUUUGCAUUUCUAAAGUUUUAUUUACUUCUGAGCAUUGUUUAAAUAUACAUAAGCUUUCAAUUUGAGUGUUUUUAUUGCACUACCAAAUAUUUUAAAAUUUUUAUUUAAGGUGUGAGAAGUUCUAUAAAUAUCAAAAUCUUGCCACCUCAUUCAAGAUGACUUGAACUUUAUAUUUAGUUCAUAAGAAUGUGACUUUGUUUUGUAACAAGAAAUGGCAAUUCUACCAAAAUAUGUUUUUUGUUGUAGAUCAAUGUGACAUAGCUUUUACACAUUAUAAUCUCUUCUCUCUGGAACCAUAACUCCAGUAAAAUUGUAUAGCUUUACUUUACAAAGUAAAGAUUGUAGUUGUUUCUUGGCCUUAGAAUCCCUGUGGUUUUAAUUUUUCGUAAGAUCAAGUGAAGCCAAUUACUUUUAAAAUGUUUCUUUUGCUGUAAGUAUGAAGACAUCUGGGUAUUCACAGUGGCCAUCACUGACCUAUGCCUUUUUCAUUCUCUGACCUAUGUCUUUUUGCCCUAACUCACAGUCCACUGGGUAAAACUCAUAAGCCAACUACAUAAGCAAAUCAACUGUAUGUUCUCUAUUUUGACUUUUGGUAUACAAAAUGAGUAUCUUCUAUGAGUCCAAAUCAGUGAUUUUAAAACUUUCCCCUGUCUGAACACGUUUAUAUUCUGUUGGGCAGAAACAGGAAAUUUAUUACCCUAAGGGUGACUUUAUAAAUGUGUUGCAGUGUACAAUGUUAGAGAUAAGUUGUGAAUAAAGACAAAUGUUCACAGAUAAGUAAACUGUGAAAGCAAUACAUUCACAGCAGUGCAGAAUGGUUAGAAGUAAAGGGGCCUGCACUCAUCAACAACAUCCAUCUGUCCCUUUUGGGUACAGAGAUUUGGUUUCACCCAAGAGGGAAAACAGCCAUCACUACUAGAGUCUCCUAACUCUCAGGUGUUAAAGCUAACUCCCAACAUCCGGCUCUGACAACAUUUCAGAAAAGGAUACCGCUGAAUACCUUCAACAAGAAGUAGCGGUUUUAGAAUUGUUGUUUAGGGUUUGGAGACUUUUCUUGUGUUUUUUUGUGGGGCAUUGUUAUAUAACAAUAUUAACUAACAAUCUGCAGUAAAAUGUUGCAGUUCUUGGAUGUAAAAUCAAGCUGUGAUGUAUACUUUAAUGCAAAGUUAGAGAUCAGUUGGUAAAUGGAUUACAACUUAUUAUGUGUUGUGAAUCUCAGGGCAGUGGGAAUUAUUCCCUAAUGCGUCUUCAUAUGCUAAAAGUAUUGUUGGCAUUUGAAAGUCAAAACUAUAAGCAAUCAGUUUUCUGAUGGCUACUACGCAGUCUUUAGUGAUUUCUGUAUGGGACUGUAACUUUAGCUGAUUGAAGUCAUUUAGGUGACAUAGCUAUCCCUUAAAUUUCAAUCCUACUUUAAUCUACAUUCUGUCCCGAAUUAUAGAAUUUAAAAAAAACUGCUUUUCUACAUUUUCAUUGCUAGAUUUCACCUCAUGUAUGACUUGAAUCUAUUCCCAAUUCCAUUACAGAAUUCAAUUGCCCAUUUAUUUUCUAUUCCGGCAGAGAAGUUCCUGCUGACAGAAAUAUAAUUAGGACAAUGGAUUUUUUUAAAUUAAGUAAUUGUUCAAAGCCUAUUUUGUGCCUUUUUUUUGCAUUGCCAGGAAAGUCAUAUCAAUUCACUGGUUUAAAUUUGCAUGUGCUUGAUACUUGAAAAGUAGUUAUUUGUGUAACCAUCCAAAGAAGUUUUCUUUUCCCCAUUGGUAAGAUUGUAUCACGCACUUGGCUGAGAAGUGCUGAUUGGUUGAAUGGGCUGAUUUGUAAGGGAUUCUUAUACUUCCACAGCCUUCAUUUUCAACUUCAUAAAGUAUUCCUCUCCAAUGCUGAAUUUGUAAUUUGAAAAGUAUAUUUGUUUGGUUGGCAAGUAGAUUUUAGGAAUAGUAUUAAAUGGUAUACAUUGUUCUUUUGAACUUACUGUUUUAAUUCUGAUCUGUACAGUACUGAUGGAUUUUUCCCCCUGAAUUUGACUUGUAUUUAAAAAGUUGUAACUGAAUUAUUCAUUUGUAAUAAGAAAAAACAAAUCCCUGUAUUUCUGUGCAUUUAUAUUGUAAAUCAGACAAUCUGAAGUUCCCAUCUUUCAAAUCGGCUUUUUCUGUGUGUGACCUAGUUUGAAAAUAGUCCUACCAAAGGUUGAAAAGGGAAACCAGCGAUGAGGCCUUGGAUUGGUUUGAAUCUAUGAAUCUGGAACAAAAGCUGUCUCCUUUAUGUGAGUGAAUGUGGACUGACAACAAACAGCAUCUUGGUGUGUUUCAAUGUCCAGGCUGUCCAAUCCUGCCCAUGGGAUGGCGAAAAGGCUCAUGAAAAGCUUCAGAGAUGAAAGAAGGCAAUAUAUCUUUUUAAAUUAUUUCUUAAAGAGCAACAUGCAGCAGUGUAAUGUGUAAUUGUUUCCAAUAAAUAUAGUGGAGACAGAAA